AUGCUUCUGAGUAGCAUUUACUCUUUCCUUUUGGCCUUUAUUAAUUGUUUCUCUUUCAAAGUUUCUUGCUUAGAAUCUGAGUUCAGCUUAGAAGGAGAUUACUUAUUGGGUGGCCUUUUUGCUUUACAUGAAGUUCAACGUGCAACACCUCUGUUCUCCCCAGAAGUCAUUGAAUGUUCCAGAUACAGUUUCUCAAAAUCUGGCUAUCAGAUGUUCCAAGUGAUGAGGUUUGCUGUUGAGGAAAUUAAUAACUCUACCACUCUUCUGCCCAAUGUUUCUCUGGGCUAUGAGAUUUUUGACCAUUGUUCUGACACAAAGAAUUUCGCUUCAGUCUUCAGUUUUAUCUCAAAAAAUGGAUCGAUAAAACCCAAAGAAAAACUCAACAACUAUCAGCCUAAAGUGAUUGCUUUAACAGGUCCAUAUGGAAGCACAAGAACUAUUACUAUUGCUCCACUGAUCACAAUGGACCUUAUACCAUUGGUGACUUAUGGAGCUUCCAGCUAUGCAUUAAGUAAUAAACUUCAGUACCCCUCUUUUCUAAGAACAGUGCCAAGCAACAAAGACCUGAUAGAAAUGAUUAUUCGCAUUAUACAGUGGUUUGGAUGGAACUGGGUUGCCUUUCUUGGUAGCCAAGAUGAUUACAGUGAAGAUGGCCUAAGACUAUUUAGCAAGUAUAUACAAAAUACUGGAAUUUGUUUGGCCUAUCAAGAGGCUCUAAGUCAAAGGACAAACUACACUCUAACACUUAAAAAGAUUGAUAUGCUUAACAUCAAUGUCAUUGUUGUUUUUGCUGAUCCACAAUAUGCAAGCAGCAUUAUCAAAGCAGCCAUAGCUAACAACAUCCAAAACAAAGUAUGGAUUGCAAGUGAAACAUGGGCUAUGAAUCAACAGCUUCCAAGAGAGCCAGGAAUUGGGAAAAUUGGAACAGUUAUUGGUAUUACAGAAAGAUUGUUGUCUUUGCCUGGAUUUGAUGAAUUCAUCUAUAAAGAGAGGGGAACAACGGAUGUUAACCAUAAUGAUAGUGCUGAUAGUGAAGUCAAGAGUAAUAGUAAGACAUGUAAUCAAGAUUGUGAUUGCUGCACAUUGUUGACCGCAGAGGAGAUUAUAAAUGAAAAUCCCACAUUCUCCUAUGCCAUCUAUGCUGCCAUAUAUACCAUAGCUCAUGCAUUACAUAAGGCUCUGCAGUGCGACAUGGAUGAAUGCCACAAAAACACAACAGUUAAGCCAUACAUGCUUCUAGGAAAAAUCAAGAAGUUGGACUUCCCACUUAAUGGCCGUCAGGUGAAAUAUGAUGAUAAUGGUGAUCCAACUGUCAGUUUUUCAGUCAUACGCUGGCAUACUGAAACAGAUCCUCCACGAUUUGAUAUGGUGGGCAGAUAUGAUACAUAUCCAGAAAUUACUUUUACUAUCAACAACUCUCUCUUGUCCUGGCAUAACAAUGGUUCUGUUCCUUUCUCAAACUGUUCUGUUGAAUGCAAGGAAGGAUUUUCGAGGGAACCUGAUGGAUUUCAUAGUUGCUGUUUUCUGUGUAAAAAAUGUCCACGUAACAGCUAUGUGGAUUAUUCUCGUGAGUACUCUAAUUAAUGGACGACAAAACCUUGGCAUUUCACCUUCUUCAGUCCACUCUAAUUUAAUAGGGGAAAUAAACUGAAACUUUUGCAAAUUUAUUUGUCAUAGCAAAAAAAAAGAGAAAGAAUAAGAAAAAAUAGUACAAAAAAAUCUUUGUGGCCCUGGGGGUAAACUUAGCCCAGAUGGUAUCUCACUGAAUAAAAUAACAUGAUUUGAAUAAUUAAAAUGAUUUCAGAGAUGUAUUUUUGCACAAUUUCUUUAUAUUAUUUUUUUUAAAGGGUAAAUGUGUACUUUUUGACAUAACAGAA